UGUACAUGUUACAGUGCAAGGCUGGGAUUUGUCCGAAGUCCUAAGAUUAAUCCUAAGUAAGGAAGAGUUUGGUGGAAUCAACAGCUGAUGGAUUAUACAUUAUAUUAAUUAUGGUUGUGGACUGGGGCCCGCUUAUAAGGGCCUUAGAAAUUAUUUGAUAAAUAGAUGCCCUCUAGCUGGUGCAAUGUAUGUGACAUUACGCUAGAAUGUGUUGAAAUGAAAUAUUAUAAUUUUAUCAUGUAAAUUUUGUUACAAUUUAAGCAGAUCUGGAGUGAAUUUAUAUUUAUAGCAGAAGUAGUUUACAUCGUAAAACAUUUCAUAGACUUUAAAGCUUACAUCGGGUUCCAACCUCAUCUCUGGCUGCAGCAUUUGUCAACGGACGUACACCAGCGCAAACAAAAAAUCAUGAUUCAUGCAUGUUUCAAAUAUUUUUGAUGAAAAAUUAUCAAAACCAUAUUACUUCAAAAGGAAUUUUCUCAGAAUAGUUUGUACUAGCAACAGCUCAGUGCAGUGAUUCUCACCAAGUAAGUUUUUUAUGUCAUAAAUUUUUAGAGUAAUUGCCAAUCUAUGACCCUAUAUUCAAGUAUUCCAUCUAUGCUGGUGACAUGAUAUGUUCAAAUUUAUUUUUUUACACAAUUUUCUCAAGCAAUGUUUUGCUUUUAAGUUUUAUUUAGCCAUAUGAAGUAGUGUUUUUAAAUAUCCAUCUCAACAAAGCCAACCAUCCAAUAUUUAAAACAAAAUGGAAAUUUUGAUCUGUAUUAACUAGGAUGUGACAAACUUUUGUUUGAAGGUAUGUUUACCUUUGGUCCUUUGGACCAUUUGAUUGUUUUAAUCAUAUAUAAAUGACAAAUGUUUUUAAUACAAUAAAGGUAUUCUUGCAUGAUGUAAUAAUUCUUGCCCAAAAUGUGGCCUGCGCCUCGUUUUGGUUGGCAUUGUGGCGUAUACUCAUGCAUAAAUAUUAAGAGAGGCGUAUAACCUGUGGAAAUUACUGUGUUAUGUUACCAACAAAAAUUAGUUAAAACAUAGGAAAGCAAUAGCGCCUGUUUUCACUACUUUCUUGAUCUUUUUGUUGUACACCAAUAAGUAAUAGGCGCUUUAUAAUCUAAUAGUAAUAAGUAACCAACUUUACUUCACAUAAUAACACACAGAUGUAAAGUUGGUUACUUAUUACUUAUUGGAUUCGCGCGUAAUUGCAUACAAAUGGCAGAUAAUGUACACGUGCUCACACGUGAUUGCGAAAUCACUGUUGUGGAGAUUCGUGUAGAAAAUGGCGUCUGAAUUAGAAGCGGACUGCGAGAAAGUGGAGAUUUUCUUUCAAGAAAAUAGAGGAAGAGGGGUUCGGGCGACAACCAUUAUCGAACCAGGAACUAUCCUGUGUCAGGAGGAUCCGUACGUUUUUGUUUUGGACGGCAAGGAAAGGAAGAACCGGUGUAGUUUCUGCUUUCAGAAAAGAGAAAAACUGAAGAAGUGUGGUGGCUGUAACUAUGUGUCUUACUGUGAUCGACAAUGUCAGUCUUCCAACUAUGCUAACCAUCAGUAUGAGUGUAAAUUCUUGAAAGGUGCAGAAUGUGAUGUCCAGUUGCGAACAAGGCUACUGUUGAUGUGUCUGCAGAAACAACUGAAGCGAUCCAAAAAGAAUUCAGUUUUCAACUCCCAGGGGUUUCCACUGAGACCAGAGGGUCUGUAUGAAAAAAAAGAAGAAGAUCAUGAGAAAGAAACGUCGGAUCAGGGUCCUGACAUGGAAAUCCUACUGGUCUUCCUGUCCGGUCUUAAAGGCGUUGACAUCAGCACCGAGAGCGUCUACCGCUGCCUCAGACUCCUGAAUGCAAAUACAUUCUCCAUUUAUGACGAGACGAUAUGGAAGGGAAUUGGUGAGGGUCUUUUCACAAGGUUGGCAAUGUUUAACCACGACUGUCGACCAAACUGCACAUUUGUUUUCGACGGCGUACGAUUGUCGGUCAGAAGUUUGAAAUCCAUCAGCCCAGGAGAAGAGUGUGUGAUUAGCUACCUGAAUCUGAUGAAACCCGCCGCUGCUCGUCAAAAUACUCUCAGGAAUUGGUACGACUUUGAAUGCGACUGCGAACGAUGCACGCAGGGAUCAAAAGAGGAUAGGUUAAUGUACGCUAUAAAAUGUCCGCAGAUGAACUGUCUGGGGACUGUGGUACCAUGUCAACCAGGAAUAGUUAUGAGUAUGAUACCCCUGUUCCCAAAAAGAGAAAUUUAUAAAACAAUUACACAUCUUGGAGAGUUUCCUCAGAAAACUCUUUAUCUACUAAAAGUCGGACCUGACGAGGACUUUGAAGGAUGUGAUGCAUGUGGUUUUGAUAUAAGCACAAGUAAUCUUCCAGACAAGAUCAAGGAAGCAGAGGAGAAAGUGAAGAGCUUCUGGGAUGCAAACCAUGGAAAUGAUGCGCUCUUCUUGGAUGGAUGCGGUCCACUUGUGUCACUUCUUGAUUCCGUGUACCAGCCACACCACAUGUCUGUCUACAACUUGAAUAAGGGUGCCUUCAAUGCGGCUUUGCGGACUUUCCAUGAUGCUGAGCAUGAGAUGACGUUGAAGUACGGACUGCGAAGUGUUUGUGCUCUAAGAACACAGCUAGAUGACUGUGAUGCCUAUAUGUGUUACACUCUAUGGCGUGUUGGGCAGCUACAGGCCCAGCUUGGUCUCAGCUCGAAGGCAAUUCACACCCUUGAAAAGGAUUUGACUAGCAUGAGGAUUGCGUACGGCAGUAACCACAAAGUCACGUUGAUGGCGGAGGAACUACUGGUCACACUAAAAGCAGGAAAAGAUGACUCAGGGAUUGACAACACUUUAACUCAGGAAGAAUCAAAUCUAAGCAAUUGAAUUCUUUUAAAUUUUAACUGAUUUUAGGAAUGUUUUUUAUCGGUGAGGAAGACUUGUUUAUAUCUGUUAAAUUUUUAAAGGCAUGGACGUUAUUGGUAAUUACUCAAAAUAAUUGUUGGCAUAAAAAGUUACUUGGUAACGAGCAAUGGGGAGCGUUAAAAAAACGUAGUUUUAUGAGAAGAGGUAAUUUGUCACUCAAAUAUUAUAAGAACUCAGGUCUGCAGUCUUUUAUUAGGUAUCUGUGCAACAAGGGUGUUUUUCUUUCAUUUUUCUCUUGCAACUUGGAUGACAAAUUAAGUCCAAAUUUUCACAGA